CCGACUUUUUAAGCAAAGUAUUAAACUGCGCUUUGAGAGAUUGCAAUGUUCACUAAUUCGCUAAGUUUCCUAGUGCAAUAAAGGGUAUUAGCAUCAGUAUAUACAAAAAUAUGGAUGGGCAGUGUAUUGGCAAAGGAACACGUAUGACACAUGUGCGUGUGCUGCAUUUGGAUGAUAGCAUACAUGCUUUUCAAAUUUCGGGUCAUGCAUUAGGCGAGGAGUUGUUCGCAACAGUUGUCGAUCGAUUUCGAUUACUUGAAGCUAAUUACUUUGACCUAGAAUAUACUAACGAUGAAGGAAUGAGAUGUUGGUUAGACCAUAAUAAAACAGUUUCACGACAGUAUUCUGCCAAUGGAGAGUUUGUCUACCGAUUCGCUGUUAAAUUCUAUACACCUCAUCCGAAUCUACUCGAAGAAGCAUAUACACGGUAUUUAUUCGCCUUGCAAAUAAAACGUGACCUGGUCACAGGUACUUUAUUAUGCAGUGAGAAUACAGCUGCACUACUUGCCUCAUACAUUGUUCAAGCUGAAAUAGGAGAUUUUAUUCAUGAAGAAUACAGAACAAUUGCCUAUUUAAAACCAUUGAAGUUACUGCAUGAACCUACUGACGAACGUUUACGUCGAGUUAGAGAGUUCCACAAAGCUCAUGUUGGUUUAUCCCCAACAGAAGCGGAUUUCGCCCUACUGGACACAGCUAGAAAAAUUGAAUUCUACGGUGUACGCUUACACUUUGCUCGUGAUCAUGAGGGUUUAGGACUCAAUUUAGCUGUCACUCACGUUGGUCUGUUGGUAUUUCAAAAUUUGAUAAAAGUCAACACUUUCUCUUGGGCAAAAAUACGUAAACUAAGCUUCAAACGGAAGAGAUUUCUUGUCAAACUGCAUGCAGAUGUUUAUGAUACAAUUGAAUUUAUAUUUGAUUCACGUGAUGAAUGCAAACAGUUCUGGAAGAAGUCUAUUGAACAUCAUACCUUCUUUCGAUGUACUUAUCCCGAUCGUCAAUCACAGAAACGUUCACGUUUAACGUCGAGUGGAUCAUCAUUUAGAUAUACUGGACGUACACAACAGGAAUUGCAAGAAUAUGUUCAGAGAAAUUACGAAAAAAGACUGCCGUUUGAAAGGCCAUCGGCUGCUAGACAACUUAAUACAAUCAAAACAACUGGACCCACCUACUCCAAAAGGCGACUGAAUUCUGCGUCACUUACACUACGAUCAAGUUCAGCCGACAGGCGCAGUUUUAUGUCAGGAAAUAUGAGUGGAAGUUUAAUCGGUACACUGGGUAAGCAACCUGCAUUAAAAAGAGCCCAAAGUAUGGGGGUUAACGCGAUCAGCAAUAACCAACAAAUAGCGGACGGAUCUCCAACAAAUAUCCAUUUACCUAUAACAACACUACCCACCAGUGGUUAUGCUACAAUGUCUGGAAGUGCUACUGGUAGCGGUCGAAGUAGCCAUCCAAGAAAUAUCGAAGACUUGGAAGAAGGUGAAGCGGAUAAGUUACAGUCAGGCUCACAAAAUGAAUCGGGAAGAAGAAUGACUGGAGAUUGGAGUGGAGAUAACGAGAAUAAACUCUUGGAAGAAGAUAUUUCAAGUCGUGCAUGGAAAUCUGAGGCUGGUUCACCGGGUCAGUCACUGUCUCGUCUUAAUCUAGAACUGGACGCUUUUCUGACUUCCAGAGAUGACCAGACAUCUUUAUCUGACCAACAGAUUCAAAAUGAUUCAGAUGGUAUGAAUAAAGAUGCUGAGAAGUCACAGUCGAGUAAGACGUCUACCAAUCUGGUUGAUCUACUGCAGGAUGGUUCUAUAAGGGGAUACUUGUUUUCAUCAUCUCCUUCAUUCGAUCAGGGCAACGAGAAACUUCCAGACUUAAGUGGCUUUAAAGCAAGUGAACAUCACUUAAGUGAUUACAAUACGUCUCGCUCAUUUAAUUUGAUUAACACAUCAAUUUUCGAUUCAGAUAGCCAGCCAAGCUGGUCUCUUUCGUUUGCUUCCAAAAAUCUGGCUAGUCAACCAGAUUCACUUCAUCGUUCUGAAUAUUCACAACCGCCUCCUAAGCCGCGUCGAACAUCGCAAAUUCUGACGACACGCGAAGAGAACAGUAUGAAGUUGUCUUCUGAACCUAUUCAGUUUGAAAGAAAUACACUUAUGGAGCCAUCAUUAGGCGAAAUAAUUCAAUUACAUAUGGAUACAGCCAAUAUUUUAAAUCCAUUAACAUCUAUGUCUUCACAAAGGCCUGAUUCAUCUAGUAAUAAUGCAGAUGCAGUUGAUGGUAAUGCACAGUCAUCAAAUGCUACUACAGCAAGUCUAGUGGAAUCUCGACCAUAUGAGGCUACAUUGAUCUUGCCUACUGUUACCCAACUUGGUUUGGAAAUCAGCUUAGACGGAGACCUAUCUUUCACCCGUACCACCUCAGUAUCAUCCAGUGUUAUAACUAGCUUAACUAGUUCUGCAUCACCAUUUAGCAGUAUCACCCCGACAAGUGCAACGCAGUCUUCAGUUGACAGUUCUACAGCUACAACAAUGACUUUGUCAGUGUUACCUAACCUGUCCAUAAGACCCCAAACUGUUGCUUCAUCUAUUACAAUACCACCAUUCACAACAUCCCUAUCAAUUCUUUCAUCACCGUCAACGUCAACCACGUAUACAACAAAUGUAACAAGUACUAAGCCAUCCCAAAAUCAACUAUUCACCGACCAAUUGUUAUCUCCAAAUCAUUCAAUACUAUAUGACUUUUUACCACACGAAGAUACAUUUUCAAUAACUUUAAAUGACAUUGCCUUACUGAAGUCGACCGAGUCAAGUGAUACAAUGAUAAGAGACAUGCAACUACCUAAGUCAGAAACUGAAUCAAACAGAGUACAACUAAGUGAUUUUCUGCAAACUUUUGGAUUCACGAGUAGUUCAAAUGAACCCAUGGAUUUAGUCAAGUCUAUAACUAAACCGAGUGAUAAUGAAACCUAUGGAUGUUUAUUUUUAGAUGAGUUUGAUUCAAAAGCUCCAACGUUUUCUACAGCCAGUACGACUCAAAUAUCCCUAUGUACAACUUCAACACUUUCUCCAGUAACAACAUCUCCGACUACAGCAAAAUCGCUUGGCACAACCAAUUCGGUUACAGGGACUAAAACAUAUGACUCUUUAUUCUCUAGUUUUGAUGUUGGAGUUUCACGCUUUAACUCUAGUGUAGAACCAAUACAUGUUGCAUCAUUGGACCAAUGGAGCUCAAGUAGUUCUGAAAGUACAACUGGAGUUAUAAUACGCUCAGAUCUAACUCCACAUACAUCGACUACAUGUCAUCAUUCUGUACCUUGUAUUAAUUCUAAUAAUCCUAUGUUACAACAUUCACUAACUUGCCCACAUGCAUCGAAAUCUAUACCCUUAGAACAAACUAAUACCUAUAUACUCCCGUCUGAGAAAGAUAUCUCGACUAAUCAAAGAACUGGAUACAAACAAGCAUUUAAUACAAAACAUCUUACUUCACGCAACAAUGCACCAAGCAAAUCCAAACAUCCGAAACACUUUCAGAGAUAUGAACAUGUAUGUGCUCAUGGUCAUCAUUUGUCUAAUUCAAUUCCUGCAGGCAUUCAUCUGAGUGAAUUAGAUGAUUCACGUGCAUCUACAUCAUAUAUGCAGGGUAUGAUUCCAAUGGACAAUGUGAAGCGUACGCAUGGGAAGCACAGCGAAGGUAAAAAAUCAGACCAAAUGAAAAGAAAUAAACACCAGCAUCACACACAUGGACAACUGGAUCAAUCAGCUGAUGGUAAUCAAAAUUUAAUGUCACUGAACGACUUAGAGACUGCUGCGGCUGAAAUGCUUGAAGAAGUGCCAUACGUGGUACUUAGACGUCCUCGUUCAGUAGAUGUUAAACAAUACCAACUUCACCUGGAACACCAAAGGCAACAAGCAGCUGCUUUGGCUGCAGCCACCGGUGGUUAUCCUUUUCACCUGUAUCAAACACCUGGAGCUCAUUUUCCUUUCACUUCUCGCCUACCGAUUGGAUCUCAGUUGCCAUAUCCUCCUUACGUCCAACCUCCACCAUUCCAUGGAUUUACUGGUCAUGAAUUUGGUCAAAGUCAACAUUUAGAUAUACCGAUUACUUCUGAAUCACACCGUAAAUCUGGACAAUCAAGUAAACAAAUGUCACAUAAGUAUCCAUCAAGUCAUUAUAAACAGAUAUCAAAAGAAGAAAGUGAUUCAUGCAAAAGACAUUCCAAGAGGACUCAUUCAAAAAGUCGAAAAGAAACCGAACUGUUCGCUUCAGACGAAAAUGACCGUUUGGCAAAAGGUGAUAUGAAACAAAAUUAUCCUACGAUUUCUGAUCCCAUUGCUCAAAUUCGUACAUUGCCGUCUUCAGCAGCCAAUGGACAUUCUCAUCAUCGCCACCAUGAACACUGUGUGCACAGACGUUCUGAAAUGUUAUCGAAAAUGAAGAAUGGUGUAUCAGGAGAGAGAAAGGUGAAAUCUUCUACAUUAACAACUGCUGCAACUACUACUGCGACUGCUUCCAGUUCAAGUCCAUUUAGUGACCAACGAAAACCUACCAAGUCGAACUUAGAAUACGACAUAAAUCUAUCUCGAAGUCAAGAACGACUGAUAUCUACAAUCCCGUUGACAACAGUUACAACAACUUCCAGUUCAAUAGCACCAAGUAGACAAAAACCUCAACCUCAAGAACAGCAGCAUCCAUCCACUACAGUACACGACAGAAAGAUUAAAACAACAGCAGAAACGCAUCAGUUAAAACAAGCAUUACUUCCAGAUGAACGCGAAGAAAAUGGUGAAAGUGAAAUGCCAUAUCCUGUCUCAGUAUCUUCUGUAAAACCGGUGCCUAAACUGGAAGCAACGCCAACUACAAAGUCAGUGCAUAAACGUCAAACACAAGAGCAAUUACAACAUCCAAUACCACCACCAUACUGGUAUUAUCAGCAGAGUGAACAAAAGCCACAACAGUAUCAUCACCAUCAUCCUGCUUGUGCUUCACUAGCUGGCAAACACGCCACCUCAAAACCUUCAAGUAAUCAAACACAACCGAUAAUAUAUGGUUCGGAAUUUUUGGCUACAAAUUAUCCGCAUAUAUUUACUAAAGUUUUAAAACCAUCAGGCAGUGGUAAAUCGGAGCCUAGAGUUACUUCAACAAAAAAGAAAGUCACUUCAAAAUCUGCCGUACUGCCAACUGAUCAAAGUAAAUCUACUGUUUCGCGUGACUCUGUUGAUGAUAAAAAGGAAGGCAAAGAAAAACUUACAAAACAGUCAAAGAAGUCACGAGAAAAAUCGCAAAUAGAUGAUAAGAAAACAACUAAAAUAGACACGAAUGAAACUUUUGAACAGCUAAGAGAAGAUUUACGGUCUGCUGGAUUCAGUGUGAGUGCAAGCCGUCCGUAUACUGGUAUAACAAAAUCUGGAGAUAAACGUACUACAGACAUUCAUAUCAAAGAAUCUAAGAAGGCUAUGGAUAAAAGUAAACAGUCGGAUAUGAUAAGUGGACAGGUGAAGUCUGUCUACACUGGAGUAGCGGCAAGCACAUCUACUCCUGCUAGUGUUGCCAUGCCGUCCAGUGCCACUGGUACUGCAUCUUCACACAAACCGGCAAAAUCAACUCCAAUGGAAGAAAGUAAAGCAAUUAGUUCUUCCGCUGGUAUGGAUAUUACAAGUCUUAUUCCAGCACUGGAUUCAAUAUCAGGUGUUUCUCCACGUACGCCUAUCUACUUAGAUUCUGAAUCGGAAGAGGAACCAAUCACAGAUACGAAAGGUAUGAAAACUGUUGAAAAGUCAUGUAAAGUAGAAGCAAAGGCUAGUAAGAAACAAGUGGAAGAGUGGAUAGAAAAAUCUCAAACAGCUUACGCUAAAGAAACUGCACCCGAAGAUGCAAAAGAUGAAGAUGGCAAUCCUGUAGAAAUACAGAAUGACGUUGAUUUACAUUCUCGGCAGAAAAUUGAUAUGACUUCUCUGUUAGCCAAGGAACAUUCUCAAACCAGUUUAAGUCAACGUUCCCUCAGAUCUCACUCUCCCUCACUACCUCUUUCAUGCCAUUCCAUUGAACCAGGAAGCACAGAUAUUUCCCUUAGCUCUGAAAUGUCAACCUCUUCCAGUUCAUAUUCUAUGCUUUCUGAUUAUGAUUAUACACCAAGCGGUGGCUGCUCAUGUGAGCGCGUUCACAAGCAUGGUUAUGAUGAUUACUCUCUGUCAUCAUAUUCUUCAUCAUCUUGUGAAUAUCCUCACUAUACACAUCGGUCUCACCACAGUAGACCCAGUUCAUUUCGUAAAUAUCAUGAUUCUUACCGUCAUCAACCAUGCUAUUGUCAUACGUGCACUUCACGAUCAAGACAUGGUCAUUAUAAACGUCAUGCAUCUGAACAUCAAAAUCAUAGACGUGUUUCUCACAAGCAUCCCGAACGCCAUCAUUCUCACCACUCAGAUCAUCAUCGGUACCACAGUCGCAGUCGCCAUUCAUCUGGAAAACAUUCAUCAGGUUAUCACCCUCACCAUCAUCACUACCGGCAAAGUCAUCACCAUCAUCAUCAAGAUAAAUCUGAAAAAUCAUACAAAGAUUACCAUUCAGAUGAAUUUAGCGACCAUAAAGGUGCGUCGAUCAGUUCAAGUAGUAAAUCGUUGGAGAAAAUUUCGCUUGAUGAAACUGUUCUAUUAAAGUCUAACUUAGAUUAUUCAUCAUCAAUGCUGUCAGGCGAAAAGUUGUCAGAUGUGAAAAAUUCACAGAGAGAACUUUUGUCCAGCCUUAAAUCACAAGAGCGAAUAUUAAAACAAGAACUAGCCAAACAACGUGCAUUAACUGAGAAAUUAGAAAAAAUCAAACGUUACAAUGAAAAGUUAAUGAACAUGGAGAAAGUUAGUCUAUCGAAUCCAAUUUUAAGUGCUUUAAAAUCAGGUGAAUACCAUCCAGAUGAUGAAGGAGGAGAUAGCAAAACCAAAAUCGUUGAUGACAGUGACAAGAUUCAGCCGACAGUAUCGUCUUCAGAGUCGAAAAAGAAACAAAGUCUAUUAAAUGAACGAAAGGAGAAAGACGACAAGAAGACAGUACAUCAUCGCCAACGUCAUGGUACACUUUCCAGAUCGUCAUCACAUAAAAAAACAAGAUCUCGUUCAGGUCAAAGCAGUAGCACUAGUAGACGACGGUUAAAAAAGAAAAUGCACGAACGAACAACUUCAUCAGAUCAUCCAAUAAAAUCUGAUGAAAUGCAGGAACAAGACAAAACUAAAGAGGCGUCAGAAUCGACAGCUGUUGGACAAGAUUCACAAACCUUUGAAUCAACAGAAGCAAGUUCAUCCCACAAAAAGAAAGAUAAGAGGGAUACAUUUGAUUCAGAACCGCAAAGACAUCAUUCAAAACAAGGGACACGGCAUAGACAUCAUCAUGAGCAUCAUCGACGUAGACAUAGUGGUCGCCGUGAUGCAGAAGAAACAAAAGCUAUCGACCAAACUUCCUGUAAGCAGGUCGAUGAAGAGCAAAAGUCAAAUCAAUCAGAUGUUGAAAAAUCUGGGCUUCCCAGUGAAGAAGACAAUUUGCUUAUCAUUGCCAAUAAGGGUGCUUUAGCUUAUCAAGAUGGUGAAGAAGCCUCUUUGCACGAACAGAUUGCAACUGAUACUUCAACUUCAAUUACAAAAUCUGAACCACAGAUUCCCUCGUCUACAUGUGAGUCGUUUUCGUAUACACCGGAUAUAAAUAAGGUGAAGUGUGAUUUGGAAGUGAUCAAUGAAAAACAAGAUGAAGGACAACCAUCCACUUCUGAAGAAAUACCUAAAGAAGAUCAGCAUCUAUCCAGUGAUAGAAAAAAGCAGAGUCCUAGUUAUUAUGAAAAUGUAGAUAUUACCGCAACCACUGUAAAGCAGACAGAGGAAAAUGGAUCAGCUGAACCAGUGACUGAACAGUCAGUUGAAGUACCUCCAGUUGCACCAACUUGUCCUCCACCAAUUCCUUACAUAAUCCCACCAAUCAGUGAUCAAAAUGAUGAGCCAGGAGAAAUAAUGAUCCAACAGGCAAUCGAUUUAAUAGACGAGGCUGUUGCUGAAACCACUCAUGAUAAUAGCGAUAAUAGUAGAAGUCGAUUACUCUCUUCUAUUAAUCAAUGUCUUGAAUACGGGUCAUCCGAACAAGUAGUAGUUGACGAUGACAGUGAAUACAAUGGAACUAGAGUUUUGGACAUACUCGAAGAUAACGUAAACAUACCCAGCACUAUUAAAUCUGAUGAUGACACUAAAACACCAGAAAAGUCCAGAGAAAAUGCUGAGGAAACAAAUGAAGUCACUGAAAUUGAAAGACCUUGUUCACCAUGUGAGUCCACAACGUCUGCAAGUGAGGGCAGUGAGGAUAUUGAGCCAUUUCCUCCCCCACCACCAGCUGAAGUUCUGGCUGAAGUGAUUGAAGAAGAGGUUGGACCCAAUACAGAAAUUGUUGAGGAAGAAGAAGAGAAUGAUGAGGAGGAAGAGGAUGAAGAAGAAGACAGGCAAAAGUCAAGCUCCGUAUCUACAGUUAUCGAAGUCAUGCAUCCCGAGUUAUCAUCAUCAUCAGCUGUUCCUUUAACAACAACUACUGCUGACAAUGAGAAUGUUACUGACGAUAAAACAGAUGUCCAAGAAGGACAAGUAGAAAAACAUGCAUCUUCUUCGUCUGAUGAAGACGUAACAAUAGCUGAAUCUUUUGAAAAAGAGGAAAAGCUGGCGACUGCCGCUGAAACAUCUGUUGAAACAACAACUCAAAGUACCGAUUGUGAAAAGGAAACACCAACAGAAUUGACAGUGGACACUAAGACUUCUGAAAAUGACUCACUCUCAUCUUAA